AUGUUGGAUGAAGCUGCUCGCCACCUACUUCUUGAUUCACAUACAUCUCGUAACAAGACGGUUUUGCCAAACGAUGUUGAUCUGCUUAAUCCCCCAGUUGAGUUGGCGAAGAGGAAGCAUAAGCUCAAACGACUUGUUCAAUCUCCCAACUCUUUCUUCAUGGAUUUCAAGUGCCAGGGUUGUUUUAACAUAACAACCGUAUUCAGCCACUCUCAAACGGUGGUGGUGUGUGGAAAUUGUCAGACGGUGUUGUGCCAGCCGAUUGGUGGUCGUCCAAGACUUACAGAAGGAUGUUCUUUUAGAAGGAAGGGAGACUGAUCCUAUUGCUUACUUUUAUGGUUGGUUAAUCAGAAGCUGCUUCGUGCUAUUACUUAAAACGUUACAAGUUGAGUCUUUUAUUCUGGUUUUUCUUGUUGAACCCCAGCUAUCAUCUUUUAAAAUUAGGGAUUGUGUUUGAAUCAUUUCAUCAGACCCACUACUCACU